AGCUAUAGCCAACGAUAUCGCAACUGUGCAAGGAUCAUGUUGUGAUUUCAGGGACGAUUCUUACCAAGUAGAGCUCUCUUCCGCCAUGUGGCCCGCUACAGGACAUGUCCCAAAACUGGCUGAUACUUUCGUGGACACACUUAUCUCAAAUGGCAGGAAAGUGCCGAUCAGACGAUAUUCCUCAGACAAAGAAAAGGAACAUUUCUUCAGGCUGAAUGCAAUGACUUUGAACGUGUUCUACAAAUCGCUAAACUAUGAGAAGAUUGAGACCAGACCAGCGUAUGAUUGGAAGAGUCUGUUGUCUGAUGUCGGCGGACAGGCUGGACUCUGGCUGGGCUUCUCCCUCCUCACCCUGUGGGAGAUUUUCGAGCUGAUCGUGGACGUUGUCGUGCAUGUUGUCACCAAAGCAUGUCGACAGGAUCAGGUCAAACCUGUCACUGUACAUCAUUGAAAUUACGCACCAACUUCGACAGGUUCCAAUCCCAUUAAAUAAAACCCUUUACUCCCAUACGAUGCCUCUCUGCGCGAGGAUCUGACGACCCUCCACAGGUUGUGUCUGAUUAAUUUUCCAAUCAGCCAAUCAAUAACGAGGCUUGGUACGAGUGAGAGAAGCAUUGACAGCAGCAUAUCUGAUUUCUGUUUUUCGAAAACAAACACAAUCGUGGAGUUCCGAAUGAAAGAAAUAUCAUCGUUGUGGUUGCAAUGUGUACCCUGUCGUUUUUUAGGACCAUGGCAUCUUCACCGGACACGGAGUACCAUGGAUGGAAUAUUUGAGUACAGUGGGUUUUCUUGUGUUCAAUCGAAAUUUCAGAUUUCGAGUGGUAAAGAAAUGAAGCCGAAUCGUUUUAGAAAGCUGAAAUCUGAUAGACUCAAGAACCUACGUACCCUUCAUUGAGAGUGGGAUUUUAUUGAAACAGAUAUUUUGUCCACGAGAAGACUUAAAAAAAUAUUUAGGCUUCGAACUGUUGGCAAUUGUCUGCCACAAAAACAUACAUUGUUGCAAGAGGUUUUUACCAAAAUAUUCAGGACAAUAUAGGUUUAAUUUAAAAAAACAAAAUCUGACAAAAUAUCGAGUCUCGCUACAAAAUCCCAGGCACCCAAGCAGACUAUCGAAUGGUCGCUCCCUUAGACCAUGGAGCCGCCGGGGCCCCGUUAUAAGGCACAUAUAAUUCAGUUACAGUAGCUCAUGAGUCGAGACGCCACAGCUUAGCUGUUGAACCAACAGCAAUUACAGAAAGGUGAGCUUCAGUGUCUUAGCACUGUCUGUGAUACUUGCACAAUAACACAACUGCGAUCUAAUCACUGGUAAGCAAUUCAGAAAUACUCAAAUUUGAUUUAUGAGCUGAAGGCUUUUGUAACUUUAGAAUAAAUAUGUGUACGUAUAAAUACCCGUAAACCUGUGGGUGCAUAUGGUGGCUUAUAGAUUCUUUGGGCUAAGCGAAACAUUUAAUGUUUGAGCAAAACAAUAUCCACUUCCUUGCUCACAUUUGCGUGCAUUAUACGUGCACAACAGUCUUUUAAAGUAUAAGGGAUGCAUUAUUUAUUGCGAACCGCAUUGUGAUCA